GAAGUAACAACAGCCAGUGGAGACAAAAAGAACUGCUUCUCCUUUCUUUCUCCCUCCAUGUUUCUAGUGGAGGGCUGAGCCCAGCAUCUCAGAUUUCUGUAACUACAUAGGCAAGCAUUUGGAGACUAACCACUUUGGUAUCCUAACCUUCAGCAACAUGUUGGCCUCUGAGUAGAGAGGAGGCUUCCAAUAGCAAAGCUCCCUGCCCUCAGCAAGCCCAACACCAUGGGAAAGGGAGAUGCCUUGGAGGCCACACCAACCACCACAACCUACCGCUCUGUCAUGGAGGAGUAUGGUUAUGAGGUGGGCAAGGUCAUUGGCAAUGGCUCCUAUGGGACGGUGUAUGAGGCUUACUACACAAAGCAGAAGGUCGUGGUGGCUGUCAAGAUCAUCUCAAAGAAGAAGGCCUCUGACGACUAUCUUAACAAGUUCCUGCCUCGUGAGAUACAGGUAAUGAAAGUCUUACGACACAAGUACCUCAUCAACUUCUAUCAGGCCAUUGAGACCACAUCUCGAGUAUACAUCAUUCUGGAGCUGGCUCAGGGUGGUGACGUCCUUGAAUGGAUCCAGCGCUACGGGGCCUGCUCUGAGCCCCUUGCUGGCAAGUGGUUCUCCCAGGUGACCCUGGGCAUUGCCUACCUGCACAGCAAGGGCAUCGUGCACCGCCUGAUGCCCAGCCUUUCUGCUGCUGGUAGGGAUUUAAAGUUGGAGAACCUGUUGCUGGACAAGCGGGAGAAUGUGAAGAUAUCGGACUUUGGCUUCGCCAAGAUGGUGCCUUCCAACCAGCCUGUGCGUAACAGCCCUUCUUACCGCCAAGUGAACUGCUUCUCCCACUUCAGCCAGACCUACUGUGGCAGCUUUGCUUAUGCCUGCCCGGAGAUCUUACUAGGCUUGCCCUACAACCCUUUCCUGUCUGACACUUGGAGCAUGGGCGUCAUCCUCUACACUCUAGUGGUGGCCCGUCUGCCCUUUGAUGAUACCAAUCUCAAGAAGCUGCUGAGAGAGACUCAGAAGGAGGUCACUUUCCCAGCUAACCACACCAUCUCCCAGGAGUGCAAGAACCUGGUCCUCCAGAUGCUAUGUGAAGCUACUAAGCGUGCCACCAUUCUGGACAUCAUCAAGGAUGCCUGGGUGCUCAAGUUCCAGCCUGAGCAACCCACCCAUGAGAUCAGACUGCUUGAGGCCAUGUGCCGGCCCCCCAGCACCACUAAUCCUCACCAAUCCUUGGAAGUUACAACCUGAAAAUGGCUGAGGGAGGGGGCUGCGAGAGGAGUAACAUAAGAGGGGUCUUAGGCUAAAAAUUUUUUGUACUGAAAAUAAAUCUAAUUCUGAUUUAAUUUCAUCA